CAUUUCUCACACACUGGGUUGAGAGUUGAGUGAGAGAACACUAUGAGUUUCAGAAGUAUGUUGAAAGUGAGUUUCUUAAUGUUGCUUGCCGUGACAUUGGCAGCAACUAGUGCUCAUGCUCGCUUAGACCUAUUUGGCCAGCUCCUUACCUCUAAGAACCAGCCAGAACCUAAUUCGGAAUGCCAGAAAAUUCCAUUUCUAUUGUGCGACCGUAUCUGUGACGCUUGCGUUUGCGAUAGGCGUGUGCCACAAGCUGCAGAGUGCUUUUGCGGAAAGUGGAAACCAUUUGCAGAACUCCAGAAAUAUGAUGGGGCACAAGUGCAGGUGAUAGAAAAAGAAAAAUCAAAUAUUGCAGUUGAGUCUUCAGGCGCCAUUCCAUAUACAGAAUGCAUAAAAACUUGCGACAAAUGUUUUUGUACACAAAAGUGGCCCCCUGAGAGCAAUGUGUGCAUUUGCGGAGACAACAACAAGUCCAAGAAGCCAGUUGUUUUGGUUCAAGAAGAGAAACUGAUUAGCAGCAAACUGAAAUCAGUGACGAUGCCAUAUUCAGAAUGCCAGAAAACCUGCACGCAUGUUUGCGCUUGUACAGCAAUUUGGCCACCUGAACUAGCAAUCUGCGUUUGUGGUGACCCCAUCAAAUCAGUAACCACUAAAGCGGCCGAAGAAUUGCAUAAAGAACUCGACUUGGUCUCCAAGCCAGUUGCAAAAUCAGUGGGAGGCUUUAUUCCAUAUCCGGAAUGCAUUGAAAAAUGUGACGAGUGCGUAAUUUGCACUUUGCCUUAUCCAAUUGAGUUUGCAUUAUGCUAUUGUGGUAAAAAGACUGAUUCUGACUCCAAGAAACCAGCAAUCGAAUAUGCGGAAAAAUUGCUUACAGAAUUACACGUAGCCAAACCAGUUGCAAAAUCAGUGGGUGGCUUUAUUCCAUAUCCGGAAUGCAUAGAGAAAUGUGAUGAGUGUGUAAUUUGCACUAAACCUCUUCCAAUUGAGGCUGCAUUAUGCUAUUGCGGUAAGAAGACCGAAUCUGAAGGCAGAGCCCUCCCCCGUCUAGCUUAGCUGCUAGCUUCAUUCCUCAAAUGGUCGAGUUCGAUGAUUAAUAAAAGGGCUAUAAUUUGUUUGGAUCUACUCCUACUGAUGAUGCCCUAGACUUCUUUGAGUUGCCUUAAUGAUGUGUUUUAAGGCUUUAGUUAGUUUCUAUGUAGAAUAAGCUUGCAUUUGCUUAUGCCUAUAUGUAAGCAGUCAUAAUUAUGUUGUAUGCUUGUCGUCGAUCAGUUUGUUAUGAAGAUAAAGUUUACGAGCAUUAUUAGCGUUAA